GGCGUUGGACUGCAUUCUUCAUUGGUCCCACCGUGUCACAGGCUUGAACUCGCCUCCGCAGCCGUUUGGCCCACGCCAUUUUUUGACACAAGGAGGGGUGCAUUCGGACCUCAGCAGACCCUGCACUCUCACAAAAUGGUGGAGUGCUUCAACUGCGGCGGGGACCACUACGCGAGGGAGUGCCCCCAGGGCGGAGGAAAGAGCGGCGGCAAGGGGAAGAGCAAGAGCAAGGGCUGCUUCAACUGCGGCGGCGACCACCUCGCCCGCGACUGCCCCGAGGGCGGCGGCGGGGGCAAGGGCGGGGGCAAGAGCAAGGGCUGCUUCAACUGCGGCGGCGACCACCUGGCGCGCGACUGCCCCGAGGGCGGCGGGAAGGGCAAGGGCAAGGGCGGCGGCGGCGGCGGCAUCUGCUACGACUUCCGCGACAAGGGCGACUGCAAGUUCGGCGACCGCUGCAGGUUCUCGCACGACAUCUGA